AUGGACUGGGGCCACUUGGGCGCCACGGUGCUCCUGCUCUGCCUCGUGCUGGAGGCACAGAGAGGCACCGCUGCCGCCGCCGGCCGGGCACCCCAGGAAUUCUCCUUCAAGCACUCCUACGAGAAGGAGCUGCUGGAUGAACUCCAGGAGGUCCUAGAGAAGCUGCAGCACAAGAAGGUCUCUACCUGGGAGAAGAAGUUUAACCAAGUCCCCAAGUGCUCCUUCGGCGACGCCUGCGCAGUCAGGAAGGGCGCCCGGAUCGGCAAGCUCUGCGACUGCCCCCGCGGGUCCGCCUGCAACGCUUUCUUCCUCAAGUGCUUGUGAACCUGG